AUGGAUUCUGCUAUGAUUACUGCUAGAUCAAUUCCUGAUACUUCAAAAAUUGAAAGUUUCAAUGGCAUGCAUUUUAAGAAAUGGCAAGAUCGUGUUUAUUUUGUAUUGGAUAUGCUUAAUUUUGCUCAGUAUUUAAAUAAGUCAAAACCGAUAGAAGGGUCUGAAGAUUUUGACUCUAAACUCAAAGAGUGGAAACAUGGAAAUAAAAUCUGUAGGCACACAAUUCUGAGUACACUGUCAAAUGAACUUUUUGAUGUCUACUGUUCAUACAAAGAAGCUGCAGAAAUUUGGGAGAAUCUACAUAAAAAAUAUGUGUUAGAAGAUGCUGGAGUACAGAAAUAUGCUAUAGGAAAUUUUUUGCACUUUCAAAUGUCCGAGGAUAGGGAUGCGUCAUCCCAAAUUCAUGAUUUCCAUAGGCUAGUCACUGCUCUUAAAAAUGAAAACAUAAUACUUCAAAAAGUUUUUCUAGCCGGCUGUUUGAUUGAAAAAUUACCUGAGUCUUGGAAAGAUUAUAAAAAUAGCAUGAAACACAAAAGGAAACACAUGAGUCUUGAAGAUGUUAUUGUUCAUAUUAGAAUUGAAGAACAAAAUCAUGUCAGACCGAGAACAAUUGGCCAAGGAAAUGACUUCCAAAGCAAAUGUAAUAGUCAGCAAACCAGGCUUAGGAAAAGGAAUGAUAUAUCUACUAAACCAAAUGCUAACUUGGUGGAGACAGAUAUUAUUGCAACAGUUGUGUCUGAAACCAACAUGGGUAUGGGAGGAAAGGACUGGGUGGUAGACUCUGGGGCUACCAGACAUAUUUGUGGCAAUAGGAGUACAUUUACUUUCUACACUCUAUUGAAUGAAGGCGAAGAACAAGUGUUCAUGGGUGAUUUGAGACCCUCGCUAGUGGCUGGCAAAGAAAAAGUUCUCAUCAAGCUAACAUCAGGAAAGUCCUUUCCCUGA